GGACUAGCUGCACUUGUCACCGAGGAAGACAUCUUGGAUAGUGUCGGUGUCGCCGCGUCGCGCUCUGGAUGGGUUUCCGCGGCUCGAAAUAGUCCCUUUCACCCACGGAUCUCUCGCCUCUUUACCCCUUAGCUCCACCUCCGUCGGCAACAUGACACAGGCGUUACCCAUACGGUUUCAGGAGCAUUUACAGCUCACCAAUGUGGGAAUCCAAGCUUCCAACAUUGGGUUCAACACCCUCACCAUGGAGUCGGACAAGUUCAUCUGUGUCCGAGAGAAGGUGGGAGAGACAGCUCAGGUUGUCAUCAUUGACAUGGCGGACCCCACCAACCCCAUCCGCCGACCCAUUUCAGGGGACUCCGCCAUCAUGAAUCCUGCCUCCAAGGUCAUUGCACUUAAAGGAUCACCGGGAAAUCCCACAGGUUCUCUACCACAGGUUACUUUGUUUUGUAUGAAGUAUAAUAAGUGUUACAUAUAUCACAUGCUAGAGGCAUGUUACAAGUCAUUUAGAGAAAUAUCUUUCCAAGGCAAAUACUGUGAGAAGAGGGAUCCACACCUAGCCUGUAUUGCUUACGAACGAGGCCAGUGUGAUCGAGAACUGAUCAAUGUAUGCAAUGAGAACUCCCUCUUCAAGUCAGAGGCUCGCUAUCUUGUAAGGCGUAGGGAUCCUGAGCUCUGGGCUGAGGUCCUCCAGGAGACAAAUCAGUACCGAAGACCACUCAUUGAUCAGGUUGUACAGACAGCUCUGUCAGAAACUCAGGACCCUGAAGAUAUUUCUGUCACUGUGAAAGCAUUCAUGACUGCAGAUUUGCCAAAUGAACUUAUUGAGCUUCUGGAGAAGAUUGUGUUGGAUAAUUCUGCCUUCAGUGACCACAGGAACCUCCAGAACCUCUUGAUCUUAACUGCUAUCAAGGCAGACCACACACGUGUGAUGGACUACAUUACGCGUCUUGAUAAUUAUGAUGCACCUGACAUUGCCAACAUUGCCAUUGGAAAUCAGCUGUAUGAGGAAGCUUUUGCCAUCUUUAAGAAGUUUGAUGUCAAUACCUCUGCCAUUCAGGUGUUGAUUGAACAUAUAUCCAAUCUGGAUAGGGCAUAUGAAUUUGCCGAACGGUGCAAUGAGAGUGCUGUGUGGAGUCAGCUUGCCAAGGCUCAGUUACAGCAAUCCUUAGUUAAAGAGGCAAUCGAUUCCUUCAUCAAGGCUGAUGAUCCUACAGCUUAUAUUGAUGUCGUAGAUACAGCACAUAGAACUGGUCACUGGGAAGACUUGGUGCGCUAUUUAGUAAUGGCACGAAAGAAGGCUCGGGAAUCCUAUGUUGAGAGUGAACUCUGCUAUGCUUAUGCCAAGACAAACAGACUAGCAGAUCUAGAGGAGUUUAUUGCUGCUCCUAACCAUGCUGACAUUCAAAAGAUUGGUGACCGGUGCUUCGAUGAUAGCAUGUAUGAGGCAGCCAAACUCCUUUACAACAAUGUUAGCAAUUUUGCUCGUCUGGCCAUUACAUUAGUCCAUCUCAAGGAGUUCCAGGGAGCAGUCGAAUCAGCCAGGAAGGCAAACAGCACAAGAACAUGGAAAGAGGUGUGCUUUGCUUGUGUGGACAAUGAACAGUUCCGCCUGGCUCAGAACUGUGGCCUUCACAUUGUUGUUCAUGCGGAUGAACUGGAAGACCUCAUCAAUUACUAUCAGGAUCGCGGUUACUUUGAUGAGUUAAUAAACUUGUUAGAGGCUGCACUGGGCCUGGAGCGUGCACACAUGGGAAUGUUUACAGAACUUGCAAUUUUAUACUCCAAGUACAAGCCUGAAAAGAUGCGUGAACAUCUUGAGCUAUUCUGGUCCAGGGUUAACAUUCCAAAGGUUUUGCGAGCGGCAGAACAAGCACAUUUGUGGGCCGAAUUGGUGUUUCUUUAUGACAAGUAUGAGGAGUAUGACAAUGCUGUUCUGACCAUGAUGGCUCAUCCAACAGAGGCUUGGCGAGAGUCGCACUUCAAGGAUGUCAUUACCAAAGUUGCCAACAUUGAACUGUAUUACAAAGCCAUUCAGUUUUAUCUGGAUUACAAGCCCAUGCUGUUGAAUGACUUGUUACUUGUCCUUUCACCUAGGAUGGACCAUACUAGGGCUGUUAACUUCUUCACAAAGGUAAACCAUCUGAAACUGGUAAAGGGUUACCUCAGAUCAGUUCAGUCUCUGAACAACAAGGCCAUCAACGAGGCUCUUAACUCACUUCUAAUUGAGGAGGAGGACUACACUGGGCUCAGGACUUCCAUCGACGCAUUCGACCACUUCGAUAACAUUGCUCUUGCCCAGUCCCUUGAGAAACACGAUUUGAUAGAGUUCCGUCGUAUCGCCGCUUACCUGUACAAAGGAAACAAUAGAUGGAAACAGUCUGUAGAGUUGUGCAAGAAAGACAAGCUUUUCAAGGAUGCCAUGGAAUAUGCAGCAGAGAGCAAGAAUUCAGACACAGCCGAGGAGCUACUCCAGUGGUUCUUGGAGAAUGGCAACUUUGAUUGUUUUGCUGCCUGCCUCUUCCAUUGCUACGACCUGCUCCAUCCCGAUGUUAUCUUAGAGUUGGCAUGGAGGCACAAUAUUAUGGACUUUGCCAUGCCCUAUUUAAUCAAUGUGAUGCGUGAAUAUGUCACAAAGGUUAACAAACUUGAGGACCUUGAAAAGAGAAGGGGUGAAGAGAAUGAGACCAAUGAGAGCAAACCAAUGAUGAAUAUGAUUGGUGAGCCACAGCUUAUGAUCACAGCUGGCCCAGGCAUGAUGGGACCUGGCUACCCCAACGCUGGUUAUGCUAACAACAUUAACUACGGAGCUGGCAUGCCCUCCUACCAAGGCUACAGCAUGUAAACACUAAUUCAGGAUUCCCCCUGCAAGUUGAUCACCAGUGUGUGAACAUUCAGGUUGGUUCAAUAGUAAUGGUAGACUUUGUUAAACUAAGGCUACAGCUUGUAACUAAUAUAAAAAGUAAUAAUAAACAGAGCCUUUAUGAGAAUGUUCCAUAAGUUAUUGGAAAUGUAAAAACAAAAAAACAAAAACAAAAAAAAAAAAUUAUGUACCAAGUUGAUGACUUAUCCCCAGGGAUAUAAUGUGUCCAAAAUCUGCCUCUAGAGUUCCACAUGAUUAACUCAAAGUAUAAAUGGGCUGAAUUUGUUGUGCCCAGUGAGAGCAAAAUACAGCUUAUUGUUGAGUAGUGUAUGGUUAGUGUGAGAAUGAGUGAGUGUGCUGUAGAGGCGGUCAGGUCAUUCACUCGGCUGUUACACAGACUGUCGUCCUGUUUGUUUAUUUUUUAUUUUUUAUUAUUAUUAUUAAAUUUUUCCCCCUUUUCCUUCUAUAGUUCUCGUUAAAAGGAUUUAUACAAAAUUUGUGGAGGUGCGAGGCAAGACAUGCUGCCUCACAUGAUGGUUUUAUUAUAUUUCUUUUAUUUAUUUACUUUUUUUUUCCCACUUUUUAAUAGAGUUCGAAUGAAUAUCAUUUGGAUACCUUGUCAAAUGAUCCCAGUGUAUAUAGUUUAUCCUAUCAAGAUUUAUGCUGUAUGUGACGUAGCACUGUUUUGCCUUUUCCUCUUAGAUUGAUUUAUGAUUGGUGUCCCAGUGUAGAGAUUUUGAAGUUGAUUCUGUGAGGAUUUAGAAUAUAAUAUGUAUAUAUAGAUUAAAUCAAUAAGGAUGAUAGACAUAAUAAUUCAUGGUGAAGACAUACGGUAUCCUGUAAACCUAAUAGAUGUGAUUAUUUUCAGACUGAAGGAUAAACAUUAACCUGUCUCUGUCAAACCAUUCCUAAACUUAAUGAUUAGCAGGCUGUAAUGCUGUAUCCUUCACUCUGACAUGAGACUGAAGGUGAAAUAGCCGAAGUUUUGUCCAUUGUGUGCCUUCGAAUAGCAAAUGGAAGAAGGCUAAAAACAAAAAUGUUAAAAAAAUAUAAUAAAAAGUUGUCCCUUGUUAUUGAUGAGGUAAUGCUUUCCAAAGGCCAAUGGUAUGUGUUCAAUGGUUGUUCAUUAGCAAUUUAGGGAAUUUAUAAUUGGUCUGGCUUGAGCAGCUUUCCCCUAGGGGAACAGCCUACCUCAUUGAAAUAGUUCGGAAUAAAGUGUAAGCUUGCUUCUACCUGCAUUGAAGUGUUGCCAGCUAUCUGUAGUUGCACUGAGGUUGUGCAUCAGUCAGCUACCAAUGUUUAAAAAAGAUCGAACACUAUCUCCCAUUUUCAGCAACCUAAUUGGUACACGGUUUCCCGGUGUGAUGGCUGGCAGGUAUUGCAGCAGUGUGUGGAGAGGAAAGGUAGUUGCCAGGUUUCAGUAAAUUUGUUAGAAGAAAAAUGUGUAUAGAAUCUAAAAGUCUGACAAUGAAGAACCACUGUAUGCAUUCUUUCCUAUCACCUCCACUCUUUUGUCUUCAGUGACCAUGGAACUUACAUACUUUUUUGUUUAUUAUUAGUUUGUUAUUGUUAUUUUAUUGUCAUUACUUUUUUAUGAUUAUUGAUAGGAGAAACCCAUCCAGUGGACACUAAUUCAAGCUUGAAAGAUAGUUAUACUUAGUACCUUAGUUUAUUAUGAAGGAUAGUAUUUGUAUUUUUAAGUUGAAGCUAUUGAAAGUUUUAAUGUAUUUAUUAUUAUUAGGCAGAUGAGUUUGCAUGUACAUUUCUGUGGUGAUGAAGCCAUUCAACUCCAGCUAGGCUUCAGGAGAGACAUCUAUUGACUUCUUAACAUUCAGUGGUUGAUGCCUGAAACUUAGAGCAUAUGUACUGUGGCUACAUGUCAAGUUUAAAUAAACACUCCCACAUGAA